UUUUUUUUUUAGUAAAAGUAAAAUAUAUAAAUCUUUAAACAUUUUAUAAAAAAUUUAUUUUAUGUUUUUGCUUAUCCUGUAGACAAACUUUAUUAACUAAUUUUCUUCCUGGUUAUAUAAUUUGAAUGUUAAAUAUAAUUUAUAUUUUCGUUCAUAUGGUACCUACAGGAUAACUUAUGGAAGUUUUGCCGACAGGAGAAACCUCAGAGGAAAUGAAAAUUUUUUAAUUUUUUUAUUACAUUUCCUUAAAAAAUGUAAACUCAAAUAGUAAUUUUAAUGUAAAUUAAAACUUUUUACGAGUUAUAAUUAACAAAACCAUCCAAUUAUCUCAAGUAUACGAAUUAAUUUUGUGAUUAUACGAUAAAAUAUAAACACGCACUUGUUAUAUUUUUAAAUGUUAAAAAAUUUUUAUUUAUAAAAGAAAAAAAUAUAAAAAUACUUACGAUAUAAAGCUAAUGGAACGAUAUAACUCUAGACCAAGCUGUUUUUAUAGGAAACAGUAUGAAGCUUCAACAAUUUAAUUUACGAAGCGAAAAUAAGAAAGAACAAGAAUUGUCCGGUGAUUCUUUAUCUGAUGAUCUAACUGAUAUUGACGAAGAUAAUUAUAGAAAAAGCAUGCAAGAUAAUAAUAUAUCGCCGACUGUAAAUGGUAAUACUGGUGUUGUAAUCGAUCAAGCUCAAUUUGAAGCAGAUAAACGUGCCGUAUAUAAGCAUCCUUUAUUUUCUUUGCUAGCUUUGUUGUUAGAAAAAUGUGAACAAGCAACACAAGGAUAUUUUCCACAAUCUUCAAAAAAUUCUCCAAAAAAUAAUGGAAAUAAUAUAGAAAAUGAUGCAUUUUCAAAUGAUAUUCAAGCUUUCGUUCAAAUACUUGAAAAAGAAAAACGGCCUCUCUUCACUAACAAUGCAGAAUUAGAUGGACUUAUGACAAAAGCUCUUCAAGUACUAAGAAUUCACUUGUUAGAACUUGAAAAGGUGCAAGAAUUAUGCAAAGAUUUUUGUACAAGGUAUAUAAGCUGUUUGCGCAGCAAAAUGCAAUCGGAGAAUUUAUUACGGUCAGAUUAUCCUCUUGAAACAAAUAACAACAUGUCUAAUUCAAAUAGUCCGAUAAAUACUUUAAGUGCAAGAAAUUCCAAUGAGUAUACUAAUUUAAAUUCUGAUGUAUUCAGUCUACAUCAGGAUAAUAGUUUAAGUGAAAAUAAUUUUAAUACAACAAACAGCGAUUCCACUACAAAUGUUACUCCUAAUGUAAAUCAGUUUCCUACAAUGCAACAAGCAACCGCUCAACAAACAACGAUGCCAAUUUCAAGUGAGAUUAGUCUUUUGAGUUCCUCUAAUAUAAAUAUAGAUUCAGCUGAUAUUAGUCAAAUAGGAUGCAAUACAUUAUCUGUAGAACGAUAUUCAAGCCAAUUAUCUCCAUGUAACAGUUCUGAUGAAAUAGAUUCCGAAUAUGAUUCAGAUAACGACGAUUUCAAUUCCAAUUACUCAAAUCAAUCAGAAUCAAAGAAGCAUAAACGUGGAAUUUUACCAAAACAAGCUACAAGUGUUAUGAGAGCUUGGCUAUUUCAGCAUUUGGUUCAUCCAUAUCCAACAGAGGAUGAAAAACGUGCAAUUGCUGCUCAGACAAAUUUAACACUUCUGCAAGUAAAUAAUUGGUUUAUUAAUGCAAGGCGAAGAAUUCUUCAACCAAUGUUAGAACACGCAACUGAUAAUACUUCAAAUCAAUCUCAAAGCGCUAAUUCCCGUCUUACAUGGAUGGGCAAUUUUUUUAUUUUGAACACAGUCGAAAUAAAUAUCAAAUUUUAUAUAAUGUCAAAACGAGCUAUAAGAAAGCGUGAUAAUUCUCAACUUUACCAAAAACAUCCAGUACCUCCUUUACGUCACAAAAAACUUAAUCACCAAAAAAAAGCUUUUCAAUUAAACCAAAUUUCAAAUAAAAAUUGCAAUUUAAAAAGAUCAAAAUCGUAUCCUUGCUUGAAAAGAAGAUUAACUGAAACAGAUUUAUAUGCAAAUAAUCAUCAACUUCGUUCAAAAUCUUUAAAUGAUGUCACCAAACUUUCAACUUAUUAUAAAAAUAACAAAAUGAGUGGAAAUCAAAUAAAUGCUAAAUCUGAAGUUUGUUUAGUUAAAAUUUCUGAACAUAGUACAAAAUCUACAAAUGAUGAUCGAAAUGAAAGUUUGAAUUUAUCGCGUGAUAUAAAUUUAAAUUAUGAGACUGCAACUGAAAUACAGACGAAUCUUGUUGGAGACACACUAAACGAAUUGACGUUAUCUGGGCCGAUAGAACGAAAUAUUCAAAAUAAUAAUUCAUCAAUAUCAUUGAGAUCCCGCCGAACGAGCCAGCAAGGUUCUGUAUAUUCAAAUAAUAGUAGUAUUGCAAUAUCACCUUCUGAAUGUGAAAAUCAUGGAUUCGCAGAUACUUGUGGUGUAAGAAUACCGAUUAUUGGGUAUGAAAUAAUGGAAGAAAGGGCUCGUUUUACUGUUUAUAAAUUGAGAGUAGAAAAUUCUUUUACGAACGACUGUUGGUUAGUUCUCAGGCGAUACACAGACUUUGUUCGACUCAAUAACAAAUUGAAACAGAUGUUUCCUUACAAUACUAUUCAGUUACAAUUACCUAGAAAAAAAAUUUUUGGUGAUAAUUUCAAUGCAGUGUUCUUGGACAACAGAGUCCAAGGUUUGCAAAUAUUUGUAAAUACAAUUAUGGCAAAUGAAGAGCUGAAAAGUUCCAAGAUAGUUCGUGAUUUUUUCUGUUUAGAUGAGCCACCGUCCUAUUCAGAGAGCAUGGAAGAAUGUCGGGCUAUUUUCGAAGCUCAAGAGGAGACUAUAGCCCACUUAAAGUUGCAAAUAAAUUCCAAAAAUGAUUUGAUAUUAUCUCUGCAAGAGAAAUUAAUGAAUGAAAUUGCGCAGAACGAACGUUUAAAGAAAGAAUUGAAGGAGACUACUUCAAAAUGUGCUACCUGUUGCAAAAAGAUUGAAUCUCUUGAUAUUACAAAUUGACACUCUAUAUCCGUUCCAAAAAUUUUCUUAUCAUUAGUACAUGUUUUUAGUAAAGACAAGCAAAAUAUUUUUUUUA